AUGUUCGUUCAGAAUUACAUCAAAGUGCCAAAGUUCAGUUCCUUCGCUGAAUUUUUCCAAGCGGACAGUACCUUUACCAUCGAGCGCCAUCUUGAAGAAGCAGCCGAUCUGAAUCCAAAGUUCAUGUUUUCGGCAACGUACAAUCCAGGAAAAGGUUUUAUUAUUAAAAGUAUCAACAGGCAAUUGGCUACCUACGAACUGGAUAAAACUUACUGGGACUUGCAGGUCAACAACAAGUCCAUCUCUAUGGGGAUCAGUAAAUACGUUCCUAAAGAUGGCGACAAUAUUUUGUUUAAUUUUACGAGAGCAUCAUAG